AGUUGACGCCAAAAAAAACAUCACAAGGAUCCUCCUCUUCUCCCCCGAGCAAUGGCCAGACACCCUACCAUGUCUUCAUCGCAUUAUAGCCUUCUGAUCAUUCUGAUCCUUUUUUCAGCUUGUGUUGCUGCCGGAGAGACCUUAGAUGGUCACCGUAUUCCGAAGCUGAGCGUACGCCGCCAGACAUUUAUUCAAGAUCGUAAACAAGCAGUUCGAGCUUCCAUCUUAUCAGAGGACUUCCAGACUUUCUUUUACAAUCAAACCCUCGAUCAUUUUGAUUACAGGCCUGAAAGUUACGCUACUUUCAAACAAAGAUAUGUGAUCAAUUUCAACCACUGGGGUGGCGCGAAUGCAAGCGCCCCGAUCUUCGCUUAUCUUGGUGCAGAAGCAGCCAUCGACGAUCAUGGUGUCGGGUUCCUGAUAGAUAAUGCAGCUCAGUUUCGGGCUCUUUCGGUCUAUAUAGAGCAUCGAUUUUAUGGUGAAUCAAUCCCGUAUGGGUUGACACUCGACAAAGCACUAAGCGACCCCAAUGUUCGUGGAUAUUUUAGCUCGGCGCAAGCUCUUGCCGAUUAUGCAGAAAUCCUUGUAUACCUGAAACAUAAAUUGAACGCCAAAGAUUCUCCGAUAAUUGUCAUUGGAGGAUCAUACGGGGGAAUGCUAGCUUCAUGGUUCCGACUGAAGUACCCUCAUGUGGCACUUGGAGCUUUGGCAUCAUCUGCUCCAAUUCUCUACUUUCUUGACGUCACACCUCAGGGUGCAUACGACUCAGUAGUCGCAAAAGACUUUUUGGAAGCUAGUUUUUCUUGCCACCAAACCAUAAGACUCUCCUGGGAGGAAAUUGAUAGAGUUGCUUCUGAGCCUCAUGGUCUUACGAAAUUAAGCAACACUUUCAAAACGUGCAGACCAUUGCAGAGUUCUUCGCAGCUCAAGGACCACUUGAUAGACGUCUACAGGAGUAAUGCUCAGUACAAUGAUCCAUUCGUACGUCCAGUGAAAGCAACAUGCAAUGCCAUUGAUGGAGCUUCUCCAAGAAACGACAUUCUCAAGAAGAUUUUCGCUGGCCUCGUCGCUAACUACGGAAAUUUGCCGUGCUACGUCAAUCCACCUUCUACACCUUCAUCUCAAACUGAUUUGGGUUGGUCCUGGCAGACGUGUAGCGAGAUGGUGAUGCCCAUAGGCAUCACCGAGAAUACCAUGUUUCAACCAGAACCCUUCGACCUUAAUAGCUACAACAAUGACUGCAAGAGAAGCUAUGGCAUCACACCUCGACCUCACUGGAUCACUACUUAUUACGGCGGUCAUGACAUAAAACUUGUUCUGCACAGAUUCGCUAGCAACAUUAUUUUCUCUAAUGGGCUUCAAGAUCCUUAUAGCAGCGGCGGGGUCUUGAAGAAUAUUUCGGAUACUGUCGUUGCGGUCUACACAGCUAAAGGUUCGCAUUGUUUGGAUAUACUUCCAGCUACGAAAGCCGAUCCCGACUGGUUGGUCAAGCAGCGGAAAAUUGAGAUUGAGAUUAUACAAAAGUGGAUCGCCACAUACCAUGCCGAUUUACGUACUCUGGGAAAAUAAUUAACAUAUGUCACAUGGGAAAGUCAUCACAUGGUAUAAUGCUAAUAGUGUAGUAAAUAAAGACCAGAGUUGUGUGUUUCGUUCAUCAUCUUGUGAGAAGAGUGAGAAAUGUGUGUGGAUGUGGUAGGUAUUUAGAGAGAGGGAAUGACAUGAAGAACUAGCUGAUAUCGUCGCACAUGAGAGCAGCUUAAAAUGAUGAUCCACCAAUAUAUCCAAUGACGAUUUUAUGCAGCCGCAUUGAUGGAGCAAAAACCUGUGAAAAUGGCAUUCUUGGCCAAAUAUUCGCAAGCAUUGUUGCCUAUAA